UAUGCAGGCGCAUGUGCUCCAUGUGCAGAAUAAGCCCCGCCCACUCUGCUCUUCCCACUGGCCUCGUUUUUCCUCCUCAGAGCUCAAACUCCCGCUCACGCAGUGGAUCCUGCGCCUUGGAGGGGAAACUGUCAGCGAGCUUUUUCUACAGUAGCCUAGAGGGAAAAUGGGGGGAGUCCGAGUCCCGGCACAGAUCUUUCUGUGGAGCUUGUCCAUCGUGUAUUUAUUCGCCUUUGCAUCCAUCUACAUCCAAGUGCCAGGUCUUUUUGGGGAUGAAGGCUUAGUGCCUGUGCAUCUCCAGGUGGCCGGUGUGCAGCGUCCUCUGCUGGAGCAACUGCAGGCCUCCCCGUCCCUCCUGUGGCUGGGGCCAACCCUGGGCCUCGGGCCCCAGCAGGCCCUGGAAAUCAUAUGUCUGCUGGGGGUGCUACUGAGCCUGGGAGCUGUACUGCUGGGAGCGCUCAGAGACAGCCUGGUUUACCUCUGCCUCUGGGCCCUUUACCUCUCCCUGUACACUGUUGGGGGAGACUUCCUUCACGCUGAGUGGGACAACCUGCUGUUGGAGGCGGGGCUUCUGGCCGCCUUGGUAGCCCCGUGUGCCUUGCUGCGAAGAAUCUCCGCUUCCAGCCACCAUGACCCUGUGACCUUUUGGUUGACCCGCUGGCUGUUCUUCAGGCUUGUGCUUUGUACAGGAGUGAGCAAGCUAGCCAGCGGUGACCCCUCCUGGUGGGACCUCACAGCGCUGAGUCGGCAUUUUGAGACCCAAGCCAGCCCCACCCCUUUGGCCUGGUACGCCCACCAGCUCCCUGAUUGGCUGUCCAAGCUUGGUGCAGUUUACAUACUGUCUGCUGAGAUUACGGUUCCCCUGCUGAUGUUCUUCGCUCCUGUGCGCGGCUUGAGGAUCGGCGCUUUUUAUAUCCAGGUGUUUCACCAGCUGUGCUUCAUCCUCCUGGGUGGUUUUAGCCUGUUGCACCUGCUGACCAUCACACUGAGCUUCUCUCUCCUGGACAAUGAUCACUUCAGCUCUCAGAAGAAAAAGACCAAGACAAAAAUGGUCAGGACCCCCAGGGACCGUCACAGAACAGCUUGGAGCCAGUUUUUGCUCUCGUGUCUGUCUUUCCUGGUGAAGCUGGCUGUCUACCUCCUUGUUUUAUUCAGUGCCAUAAAGCUCUUCAAACUGGAGAUCAACUGGGAGAAGAAGGUGGUAACAUCCAAAACAACCUUCACUCGUAAGAGCUUUGAGGAGUUUGUCAAACAAAUCCAGGAUCCAACCAUUUGGGUGGGCGUGCUUUCUCUGACUUGGGAAGUAGUGGCUGCUUUGCUGAAGUGUGUAUGUGCUCGAGGCGUCCUGAACAAGCUCUCGAGUCUCAUUCAGUGGGCCAUCUUCACUGCUGCGGCUGCAGCUGUGUUCGCCCUCAGUCUUGUUCCCUACACUGCCAUGGCGGGUAUGUCUGGUGGUAAAAUUUUACCCGAGGUGAGGAAGGCCUACGGUGCUGUGGAGAAGUAUCAGCUGGUCAGUGCGUAUGGCAUUCAGCACAGAAUGGUCCCUCCUGCAGGACGGCCUGAAAUCGUCCUUGAAGGCAGUGCGGAUAAGAAGACAUGGACGGAACUGAACCUCAUGUACAAGCCGGACAGUUUGAGUGAAUGUCCUCCGGUGGUGGGGCCUCACCAGCCUCGGCUAGACUGGCUGCUGUGGGAGGCUGCUGUAGGGGAGCACGACCAGAACCACUGGUUUACAGGCCUAAUGCAGCGUCUGCUGGAGGGCAAGCCGGACGUGGUGAGUUUGCUGCAGGUGGAUGAAGCUCAGUACCCCUUCAGCCAAACUCCACCAGCUUUCGUUAGAGCCAAAGUCUAUCACUACCACUUCACCAGGACCACCGAGGAUGGGACCCAUCCGCAGGCCUGGUGGAAAAGGCAGUAUGUGAGGGAGUUCUUUCCCACCGUGCACUUGGGUGACCCUGCACUCAAUGUACUGCUGAGUGAUGCUGGACUGAAGGAGAAAUAUCCAGUCCAGUCCAGCCCAGACACACCUGUAUCCCAGGCCUUGGGUCUCUUACGGGGACACGUGAGGGGCCUUUCCGGGCCCUUGGUCCUCUUAACUCUGUUUGCCACUGUGGCCUCCAUCCUCCUCCUAAAAGCCCUGUUCUCUCGGCCCCGCCACCCCAAAGGCCCGAAGCCGAAAUCCACGUCUGAGCACAGGAAUAAGAAACCCAGAGAGGCUCACGAAGGCUCCGAGAAAAGCCGAGCGCCUCCCAAUCGGGGAGGGAAGAAGGACAACUCUGAAGAGAGGAAGCAGGACUCGGACAGAAGCCCGCCACGCAAGAGGAAGUGAGCUCAACUGCCCCAUUUCACCAUCGUCUUUCUCAGGAACAAAAGAAGGCAGGAGGGCGGGUUUCGUGUAUUUGCUUCACUAAUGUUCAAUCCAGAGUUUGCCGUCCAAUUCCAUGCAUUCAUUUAAAACACCUUCUGUCAUCAGCAAAGUAUUUUUUGGUCUACCCACCACAGACUGCAGCAUUACAUCAUACGCCACGUGUCCGAACCACUACAUUCCUUCAUGAUGUUGAAACCUGUUCCAGAGUGAUUGGAUGUGCCGGGACAUUUGACUGAUGGUCAUAUUUGGAAAAUGUUUCAUAUAAUGUUUAUUAUUAUUAUUAUUAUUAUUCUCCUCUGUAAUGAUUCAGAGAUUAGAGGAUGUCCUGCUAAGCCUGUUUAUCUGACCAAUCACGAGUAGCUGCAGAAACGGUUUGAAAUCAGUUGUCUUUGUAAUGGCACUUUUCCAUGUCUACUAAGAUCUUGUUGAUCCAGUGUCCCUUAAAUGAAUGUUGAUGUGCACUUUUGUCUCAUGGUGUAAACGGUUGACUAUCAUAAUACAUAUUAUUUCAUAA